AUGUUUAGAAGCCCGUUUCCGCCAAUUCUUUCUACUCUUGCAACUGCUGCUCCAUACCACCUUUUACUCUACUCGCUCGUGUUUGGCACGACCACUUUCCAGAGUUUUUAUAACGGCAUUGUUGCCUUCAAGACUCUUCCAUAUGAACACUUUAGUGCUCUGCAGUCAAAGAUUUUUCCUCCCUACUUUGCCUUCCAAACUGCUGCUGCCGUUGUUUUGUUACUGACUCCUCCGGUGUCAUUUGCUUCGAGCAUUGUUUUGGCCAAAAACCUGUCUUUGGGGAUUGCAGCUGUGGGAGGUGCUGCAAAUACCUUUUACUUUGGACCUCAGAGCCGUGUGGUAAUGGCCAAGCGCCGUGAACAGGUUGCAAUUGAGGGCAAGCCCCACAAUGACCCGACUGCGUCUGAGACCAUGAAGAAGAUCAACAAGGAGUUUGGUAAGAUCCAUGGACUCAGUGUUUUGUUCAACCUGGGCACCUUUCUUGGUCUUGCUGCCUACGGUGUGAUUUUGAGUGAUGGGUUUUUGUCGCUGGCCGCCAAAUCUUUGAAAUAA